CUAAGGGAAACAAUAAUAUGGAAGUAUUUGGAUGUGGAUAUGGCAGAAGACCUUCUAUAGCUGAAGGACUAGAAGCUGUCAGACAAAGGAGGUUUUCAAUACGAUCGAAAGGAUCUGGGGAUGAAAAUGCUGAAAACUCUGAUGGAUUUAAAGGCGAAAUCAAUCCAGUUUUCAUGCUACGAAAUGGGUCUAUAUCAUCGACGAUCCCCAUUGAGUUGCCUUCUAAACGAACAUCUGUCUCGUCCUCACGACCAUCAGAUGCUGGAUUGUAUCUUUCAAAGCUUAAAGAAAUUGACGAAGAAAAAGACCCAGAAAAGAAUGUAGAAACAGUUGACGAGUCUUGGAAACUGGUGUACAAAGUCAGUGAUGGUCCACCGAUUUUACUAACUUUAUGUUUUGCUGUGCAGCAAACUUUGAUGUCCCUUCCUGGUUGUGUUAUAACAGCAGUUCUCGUAUCUGGAUCGGUCUGUGGCGAAGAGGAUGAAGUUUUGAAGGCGAAACUAUUGGCUACUACAAUUUUCUUAUCAGGAAUUACAACUUUCCUGCAAGUAACGUUUGGAGUGAGAUUACCAGUUUUCCAAGGUCCUACUCCAGCAUAUGUUAUACCCAUUUUAGCACUAGCAUCACUACCCGAGUGGGCGUGUCCAAUAGAUGCUGUAGGCAAUAAUAGCACAGAGAGGUUGUUUACAAUGGGGAAUGAGACAUUUGAUCUUGAAAGGUUACGCUCAGAUUACAUAUACCCAAGAUUACAGACGCUCCAAGGAAGUCUUAUAUUUGCAGGAUUGUUACAUUGUUUAAUAGGAUUGACGGGACUGGUCGGAUUACUGUUAAAAUUUAUAGGUCCAAUAACAGUUAUUCCAACAUUGCUUCUUAUUGGAAUAGAAUUCUACACAAUUGUCACAGGUCUCUGCGAUUCUCAUUGGGGCAUAUCAGCCAUAACGGCAGCUAUAGGUAUCAUAUUAGCGGUAUAUCUAGGAGGAUGGGCCAUGCCAUUACCAGUAUGGUCUAGAUCACAAGGUUGUCACAUCAUAAGAUUCCCGUUACAACAAGUGUUAGCUAUUCUUCUGUCAAUGAUGAUUGGUUGGACAGUAUCUGGGAUCAUGACUAGUACCGAUUCUAUCUCGGAUGAUCCGAACAGUGAACAGUAUAAAGCCAGGGCAGACUAUGGUAUUGCUACCAUAAAAAAAACACCAUGGUUCUAUGUCCCAUAUCCAGGUCAAUUUGGAUCAAUUGGUUUUGAUGGUGGUGUGUUUGUGGCAUUUGUUACUGCAACACUGACUUCAAUUAUAGACUCGAUAGCCGAUUACUACGCAUGUGCAAAAAUGUCCCAUGUUCCUCCACCACCACUUCAUGCAGUGAAUCGUGGGAUAGCAUUUGAGGGCUUCAUGAGUAUGAUAGCUGGAUUUUUUGGAGCAGGACAUGCUACAACAACAUAUGGUGGAAAUAUUGGUACCAUUGGAAUGACAAAGGUUGCUAGUAGAAGAGUUUAUCAAGUUUUCGCAAUUAUCUUGAUAGUGUUUUCUGUGUUAGGAAAAUUUUCUGCUGUUUUUGUUACUAUACCUGACCCAGUCAUUGGAGGUAUAUCUGUUGUUGGAUUUGGAACAUUUCUUGGACUUGUAAUGUCAAACCUCCAGUAUAUAGACUUAAAUUCCUCUAGAAAUUUAGCUGUCAUUGGAAUAUCUUUGUUAAUUGGCUUAAUGGUUCCAAAUUGGACAAAGAAACAUCCAGAGUCACUUUCAACUGGCCUACCAGACCUAGAUAGUCUGCUACAAACUAUUCUAUCAAAUCCAAUGAUGGGUGGAUUUGUCGCUUUCUUCUUAGAUAAUACAAUUUCAGGGUCAAAAUUAGAGCGAGGUUUAGCCGAGUGGGAUACUUCUAAUCAAGAUGUAGAAGAAAUUUCUGAUUGUGAUUAUGAAGAAGAUGUGACAGUUUAUGAAAUACUUUCUAUUUCAAAAUUACUGAAAAAUGUAACAUGGUUGAAAUAUAUUCCAAUACUUCCUAACUUUGAUCCAAAUGUUUAUAAAUGUAAAUGUAACUGUUCAUGUUGUGGACGUUGUAAAAAAGAGAAAUUUUGAAUGUGUUCUUUUUUCCAUUAUACAUUUUUGAAAUUUUUUUUUGCAUUUAAUUCAAGAUAUAAAAGUCAUAUACUAUAUUAAGGGGGUACAGAACACCUAAGGGAGUUAACUCUUUAAAAAUCAGCUCUGAACGUUUUCAUCACCUACAAUUUGUAAAGAAAAAUCAAGCUUCUUUAUAAUGAUCAAAAUUAGUGUUUGUCAAACUGCUAUAUAUCCAAUAAAAUUAUUCCUGUAAA